AUGGGUUCUACUAAUCUUUCUCGGUCACAUGAAAAAGACUUUAAAGAUAGCUGGUGUAGAAAUACAAGCGAUAUAAUACGUACGGCUGAUAGCAAUAUAUAUGGAGAUAAGUUUUGGCCAGAUAAUACAGUAAUUUUUAAAGACCAUCUUUUAACAUCCCAUCCUCGUUCCCAGGUGAAUAAGGAUUUAAAUAUAUUUCCAACAUUUAGAACACUUCAACAAACCCGACACUUACAAGCAGCAAAUGCUCAAGCAGCAGCAAUGACAUAUAAUAUGAAAUUAUCAGGAGAAGAGAUAUAUGUUCCUGACAUGUCGAUUGUUGAGGAGAAACAGGGGAAUCAUGGGUUAAGACAUGUAUUUUCGGGGUUGAAUGAAGAAUAUUCAGGAGAAUAUGGAGAUAUGUUUCGGGAAAGGCAAGAUACAACAGCGAAGGAAUUGAUAUUAGAUAAGUUAUCUCAAUUGCGUGUUGAUUAUCAUAAACAUGACGAAAUGCAAAAAAAUAAUCAAAUAUCGUAUUUACACAAAGUAAAUGAUAACGAGAUUAAUUACGAUUAUCAAAAAAAUACCAUAUCUAAUUGUUAUACAUUAAUGCAAAAUAUGCGACAUGAGACAUUGAAUUCCGAAGAGCGUGAUCGAGUGUAUCGUACGGAUCAAAAAGGGAAUUCAACACAAUCAUUAAUUCAUCCAUAUAUGAGUUAUACGAAUAAUUCUAGAAAUUUUUUUAAAGAACCUUCAUUAAACCAAAAUGGUUCGUAUAAAUACAAUGGAAUUUCGGAAAAACGGAUGCAUUCGUAUUAUACCGUUAAGGAUAAUGAUUUUCCGAAGAAUACCGUUAAUACGCAAUCUAUUGUUUCUACAAAACAUGUUUUGAAAGAUACCGCGCCCUUAGCCACUUAUUGUGAGCCAGAAACGGUUCAAAAAGACUAUAACCGGGGAGAGGAAAAACAAUCUACUGGUUAUUCAGAAGAUAUGUUUUAUCAUCCUCAACAAUAUUAUGAUAACACUUUACAUGCUUUACAGAAAACCUGUGUUAAGCCUAUACCACCUGUCUUAAAUUUUUCUACUCAGAUUAGACGUCAAAAUGAUAGAUACCAAUCUUUAAGAAGUUCAUUACUCGAUGAAUUUCGAAAUAAUAAAAAUAAGAAAUAUGAAUUAAAAGAUAUAUUUGGACAUAUUGUAGAAUUUAGUGAAGAUCAACAUGGAUCACGUUUUAUUCAGCAGGCGUUAGAAGAAGCAAAUGCAGAAGAUAAAGAAAUUGUUUUUCAAGAAAUAUAUCCUAAUUCCUUACAAUUAAUGACAGAUGUUUUCGGAAAUUAUGUUAUUCAAAAAUUUAUAGAACAUGGUAAUCAAACUCAAAAAACUCUUUUACUCGAGCAAAUGAAGGGUCAUAUUCUGAAUCUUUCAUUACAGACAUAUGGCUGUCGUGUCGUCCAAAAAGCUCUUGAAUAUAUUGAAAUUGAUCAACAGAUUAAUUUAAUCAAAGAAUUGGAUGGCAAUGUAUUGAGAUGUAUUAAAAAUCAGAAUGGAAAUCAUGUUAUUCAAAAGAUGAUUGAAAAAGUACCUAUGAAGCAUAUGCAGUUUAUUAUAAACACUUUUCAAGGUCAAAUAUAUACGUUGACAACACAUCCGUAUGGGUGUAGAGUAGUACAACGUAUACUUGGAUAUUGUUCACAGGCCCGUGAUCUCUUAAACGAACUUCAUCUAUAUUCACGUAGUUUGAUUCGAGAUCAAUAUGGAAAUUAUUGUAUACAACAUAUUAUUGAAAAGGGUGAGCCUCAUGAUCGUUCCAAAGUCAUUUCCGUAGUAAAAGAAAAUAUUCUUAAGUUUUCAAAGCAUAAAUUUGCUUCUAAUGUAGUGGAAAAAUGUAUAACGUAUGGAACAGAUGAAGAGAAAAAAUUGCUGAUUGAUGAAAUAAUGGAAAAUGACGAAGACGGACUUCCUCGUUUUUUACCAAUGAUAAAAGAUCAAUACGCAAAUUAUGUUAUUAAAAAAGCAUUAGAUGUUGCAAGUGGUGAUCAGCUCAAUAAACUUAUUGCUGGAAUAAAACCUCAUUUACAGUUUUUAAAAAAAAAUGUUCAUGGAAAAGCAUUAAGUUCAAAUAGUAAGAUUUUAUUUUUAUCAUACAUCUAA